UCAGGUUACAAAUUUUGUAGUUCCGACAUCCGCAGGACCACGGUGACAGGUUUGCCGUCACCGUUGUUUAAAUCCCCGUUUAAUUCAUUACGUUCGGUUUGAUUUGAUAUUCGAUAUUACGAGAGCUAUUCGCACACCUUGUUUAUAUAGGCCUCGCGAUGUAUGACACCAGAUACUGACUUUAAGUUGCAGUGCGGCGGGUGGCUAACAGCUAGCAGCCCGUUAGCUUCCUUCUAGUUUCACCGGCACAGAGCUCUUUGUCUGUGAGGGAAGGCGUGCUCUUUUGUUGGACUAUUUUCUUUGUCCACUCGGAAAACAGGAACCACCGGGCCAGCGUUUCACAAGUGCCUCUGGUUUUUUGACUUGUUUGGAAAAUGCAAGUCGUGAAAAAGCACUUGAAAGAAGUCCUGUGUCAGUUGGCGAUUCUGCUGAGUUUGAUCGGAGCGCGCGUGGACAUCGACAGCUACUUCAGAGGCGAUUCUUCUCCUCUGAUCGAGAUUCACUUGGGCCCAAGCUCCGCUCACUCGCUCCCCUACAACCUGAGAGACUUCCUAGACGGACACGCGGUUCAUCCGAAAUGUCCCGAGUUGGACUACUUGUUUGCAAGUCGUCGACUGCUGGAGGAGGUGAAGACUCUCGGCACUCCGCGGUUUCCGACCCACUUCAACGCGUGGUUGGUGCACCAAGUGUCCGCCAGUGAUAAAGCCGACUGUGAGGAGGCUUCGACCAGCGACAGCACCGACACCAGCCCGGGAUCGGACCACACCGGCUCCAGCACAGGUGGCGAUGAGCACCUGCUCGCCAACGGUCAGGAGCAGCAUCAGGCCGGGCAGUCUGGAGCCUGUCAGUUUGUCAAAGUCAAAAAUGAGGAUGGAGCUGAAGACACCGAUCCCACUCAGCUGGUUCACAGCUCGACACUUGAGGAGACUGACCCUGAAGGCCAGUUCCCGCAGCAGUCUAGAUCUGAUCUGGACCGUCACAUGAACCAUCUUCUUCCCUGGUCUGCCACGGAGUUUGAAAAUUUCCUGCUGGAGAGUCGGUCAGACCUGGACAUCUCAGGCUCCUUCAGUCAUGACAUCAGCUUGCGAGACGCCAUGUUUUCCAGCAGUGGCCUGGCGUCCCUCCAUCCGGGUGCCUCAGUCCGAAGUGCCCAGGGACGGACUGGAGGGAUGCUGGACGAGGCCGUCUUUGACCAAAUCAAUCAGCUCGACAUGGACAUGGACUACCAGCUGAUGCACGGCCUUCAAGACCUGGACCAGGACUCGGGUCUUUCUUUAGAGAGCAGUUCUGGGGGUCCCUUCUCUCCAGGGUCUCCUGACAUGUCCUCAGACACAUCGUGGGACAGUGAAUGCGGCGCGACCGGCUGCAGCAGCGAGGAGAACUCCCUGCUGGACUACUCCACCCUGUGGUCACAUCACGAGCUCAGUGAGAAUGUGAGGCACGAUCACACCUACUCAGCAGGGUGCUACAACACACCGACUGGAUCUCUGUCACCCAAACACAUCAAAGAGGAGCCGUUCGACGAGGAGUACGAGCCAUGCGCGGCGGACGAAGCGGAGAGCCGGGACGAGCUGCGCGCCCGCGCCAUGGGGAUCCCCUUCUCCGUCCAGCACAUUGUGGACAUGCCUGUCAAGGAGUUCCUGCACAUGAUCGAGAGCUGCAGCUUCUCCAGCGACCAGGUGACGCUGCUGAGGGACAUCCGCCGGCGCGGGAAGAACAAGCUCGCCGUUCAGAACUGCCGCAAGCGCAAAAUCGACGUGAUCUCGGGUCUGCAGCAGGAGGUGGAGAAGCUCCAGGCUCACAGAGCGAAGCUGCUGACGGAGAGGCACCGCACCACCAAGACCAUCGGCGCCGUGGGUCAGCAGAUCGAGCAGCUCACCAGACACAUCCUGGCACAGCUGAGGGAUGAGUCGGGACAGCCGCUGACGCCGGACAGAUUCACCCUGCAGUGCCGCUCCAGCGGAGGCAUCGUGGUUCAGCGAAGAAGACCUGCCGUGACCACGUCUGCCGACAGCAAAACAGACAAGAGGAAGAAGGAGAAAAAGCAGUAGCUGCCAGAGACCAGACAAACUUUGAGUGAUUUCUUUGCACUGACUUUUCCUGAAGUAUGUUUGUGGAUUCACCACCAAAGUGGGCCAAGUUGCAUGCAAACGGACCUCAGAACCUUCAUUAAAACUGAAAUAAAACCCACAGGGACAAUGUAGCUCACACACUGGACAUUAUUUUCUAAAACUGGACCGACUGUGGUUGUCCAAGGGAACAGUUCUGCUGCGGAAGACGCUGCCAUGUACCAGCUGACACGACCGACUUCUUCAAUCCCAGGUUUUAUUCGCCAGAAGCUUUAACAACCAGAAAUCAUAAGUAAACAUAAAUACAUGGUCUUUACCUCAAAGUAGGUGGUAAAAUGUAAACAGUGAAGCUUUUCUCUGAAUAGUACUAUUAUCGAAAAUGCACAAUUGUUGUGUAUUUCCGACAGCUGUUUGUGUGAAAUAGAUGUUUUUAAAUUCAUGCCGGCCACAUCUUUGUGUUGGACGAUGCAGGUUUUCUAAACACUCUGGAGGAGGUUUGUCGAUUGUUCAACCUCAGAACUUGGUUACUUGGAAUUUUCAGUUUAAAAAAAAUCUAUAUAUGGACAUUUUUGGGAUGUUUACAUGAGAGAGUCUUCAGUGAGGAGAGUGGACUUCUUUUGAGCAGACACUGACCAUCCGAUACAAAACAAUCAAAUCUAUUUAAUGUGUGAAUGUUUGGAGAUUUUGAAUGAGAUUACAGAAACAAAAAGUGAAACACACUUUCUGUCAAAGUUGUUUUUCUGUUUGAGACAGGAAGUAAGUCAUUCUGUUCCGAAGUUCUGUCCUAAAAGUUUUCCCUAUUUAAUUUGUGGUUUGACCAAGACUUUACUUUGUUUGAGUGAGAUUUUUUUUUCUCUUGUAUAUUUCUUUGGGCUGAGUUUUUUUCCUUUUUUUUGAUAGCAUGGUGAUUGUUGCGUUUUGAUAAUUUGAUUGUGUGCAAAGUUCUUUUUUGAUUAAAAAAGAAAUAAAAACAAGUUUCUCUUUGCUUUUGAAACUUCAGCUCUGUAGUGUAGUGGAUGGUUUCACUCUGGUCCAGAACUAUUUACUUCAUGAAGUCCAACCAAAUGACACUACCAAUACAUGGUGUCCUCCAGAAAUAUUUUUUGUGGCACCUAAAUUU